GCUUUCGAGAGGACUCGUCUAUUGUAUUGUUAGUUUAAAAUUUAAUAAAGUUUAUCCUAUCGCACGAUGCAAAAAUUUCGAAUCGCAAGUUUCAAAGAACGAUUCGAAAAUAGUUCAUCCGGCGGUGGGGCGGGUAAUCAACGAGGAUCAAUGGCGGUCGAUAUUUUGGACGAGGACCACUUCGCGGUUAGUGCGAUCGUCACCGUCGGUAUGCAGAUUAUAUUUUUCACGAUCGCGGCGACCUUCCAGCUGGACAAAUUAACGGACUUCGCCGGCGGCACGAACUUUAUCAUCCUCGCCCUUCUCACGUUCUUUCUCGGCCAAGUGGGCAAGCCUUACGACAGUCGGCAGCUUAUGGUCACCGUAUUCGUCUGCUUAUGGGGUGUACGUCUGUCCAGUUAUCUUUUGUAUCGGAUUAUCAAGAUUGGCCGCGAUAAAAGGUUCGAGGAUCGCCGUAGCAACGUGAUUCGUUUCGCUGUGUUUUGGACGUUUCAGGCGGUAUGGGUGUACGUGGUAAGUCUACCAGUGAUCAUCAUCAAUUCACCGCGGCACAAAAUUCCCCCGGCUCCCAAAACUAUGACAUCCUUGGACAGCGCCGGCACUGGUCUCUUCAUCACCGGAUUACUAGCCGAGACGUAUGCCGAUUUGCAGAAAUUUUCUUUCAAACAGGAUCCAGUGAAUAACGGAAAAUGGUGCAACGAUGGUUUAUGGCGACUGUCCAGGCAUCCAAAUUACUUUGGAGAGAUAGUAGUAUGGUGGGGAAUUUUCGUGAUAUCGUUGAAUGUAAUUGAAGGCGCCGAGUGGGUCGCUAUAGCUUCUCCGAUUUUUACAACUUUCAUCAUUCUAUUCUUGUCCGGAAUGCCUCUGUUGGAAAGAGCCUCCGACGAACGCUAUCGAGACAAUGCGGAGUAUCGUUAUUACAAACAGUCGACGUCGCCUCUGAUACCAAUACCGCCAUCGAUCUACGUCGAAGUGCCACAUUUCUUGAAAUGUCUCUUCUGUUGCGAAUUCCCACUUUACGAUUCAUUGAACGUGAAACCACGGGCUGCUGUCACCGAGUCAACAUCGAUAAGCCUUGCCGCGUCCACGUAGCUAUAGCCACACGCCGGACGUCCAAACUCGGAGUCCGGCGUGCAGUCGAAUGCAACGGCCACGGCCAGCACAGCCUUUUAAACAGGUUGAUUCGACUAUUCGCAUCUCGCCGCUCGAACGAUUCUUUAGAAUUAUCCCUCUCGCCUGAGAGCGUGAUAUUUCGAACAGAAGCUGUGGAAUUCUAGUCAAAGAUCGAAGUAUGUAUCAAGUUUUAUGACACUGUGUGUCUAUCGCGUUGAUAGAGACCUGAGUAUCCAAACUUAUUGGAUCGCAGUGGCGACACAACUUAAAUCAAUGUUUUCCAAAGUACAGGGAGAGGCCGCAAUAUGUUUGUUACAAAACAAAUAAUUUAAACGUUUUCCUUCUUAAGAUGUGUUUCGAAUCUUAAAUUGCUUAAAAAUGAGGCGCCAUCCAAACAAAAUUUGGAAACCAUUGAUUCAAACUGUUUGAUUAUACGGAAAGAAUUUAAAUCUUGUUGUUCUAAACUAUAGUUCUUGACUCGUUGAAUAAUAAUUCGAGUGGAUUUAAGAUGUCCUUCAUUGAAGUAUUAUCCUUAAGCAUUGAAAUUAUUUAUUUAUGCUUUAUUUUUGUAGUCUUCCCCCCCUUUAAAUGUUGAUUUACCGAAAGAAAUAAAGAAAUGUGUAUUUUUAUUAUGUAUUUUUGCAUUUGAGAGAUCGUCAGCUCCAAAUGGCAUAGAGCUGUUUGCAUUUUUAAUCUAAGGGAUUAUUUAUGAUUCUCAUCACGCUAGUUGUAAUUAGUUCAUUGAUCGUGUUAAUUGCAAUAGAAUUUCUUACAAUUCGAGAAGCAAUUACUAAUAAAUGGUAAGUUAAGGCGAUGCAGAAAAUGCAGAACAUUUUGUCAAGUAGAAAAACAGAAGUAAAAUAAUUACAACAGUUGUGUGUAUUACAAUAUUUUAAAUAUAUAAAGAAAAAAAUCAAAGGUGGCAAGCUGAGAAAAUUUUAGAUUUGUACAUUGAAUUGAAUUUAAUUACGAACAAAAUUUAUUUGAUGCUUUUUACUGAACCGAAAGAAGUUAAUAAACUAUUAAAAUUUACAAUAUCUCAAGAAGAGAAUUGUAAAAGAUACUAGAGAAUAAAUAAAAAAUUUGAAUUACCUAAGGAAUUAGGUUCGUAAUUACACUACCUCGGGUAUGAUGCUCUCGAUUUGGAGCCGAGUUCAUUACGAUGUUUAGACUAAUAGUUAGAUUAAUAAAUAUUACGGAAGUAAAUAUGCGAUACACUUGAAACUAAAAGCUUCAUAGUUUACACGAAAACUUCCAAUGAAAAUAUUAGAAAAUAGUAUGUAAUAUGCACUAAUUGUUAUAAUUUUAACUUCUACGUGUUUUCUCCCAAUUAAUAAUUGUUAAUGCAAAGUAUUUUUUUUUUCUGCGUAAGACAAAAUUCAAUUUCGGCGAGAAAGAGGUGAUUACGGCGCUGUUAACACCUUAAUAAUUUCCAAAUAUAAUUGAAAAUAUUUUUGGACCAAUAGGGACCAUGUAUUGUAGAAUGCUUAUGUCUACUUUUACAUAUCUAGUAACCUGAUUUCAGAAAACUAACUUCCCAACCACUAAAGUUACUUAAUGUUCCCUUAUAAGUCUGUUGACAUAUUUUCUAUAGGUAUUGCAAUACAAAAUUAAAAAUCACUUCAAAAUAAUGUGGCUGGAAGAAAAUUUAGAAGAAGCUUACAGUGUAUAGAAAGCAAAUCGAUGUUUCACGAAAACCGAAUAUUGAUCUCUUAAUAUACAAACAUCUUUAUUACCAUAGUAAAUCUUACACUAAUUUUGAUACACAUUCCAUUCUACUGAUUUCCAAAAGAAAAUUGCACACCUUUUAUUACAUCUUACCGAAUCCGCUCUUGUAUAUAACAUAUUAAAUUGAUUAAACAUUAAAUUAUAGCAAUAUAAAACAUAUCCCAGUGCCGAGUAGUAAGUUGUUAAAAGGGUUCAGCGAUAAUUAAUAAACAAAGAGUAUUAUUAGCUGUAUUCUUCUAAAAGUAAUUCACUACAAGAGUUGCUUUUAACUCUUCGUCGUAA